CGGAAAAAAUUGCAUCGCAAAAUAAUAAACACAACGCGUGCUAAAGACGCGACGUGCAUGGUGAAAUCGCACAGUGAAAACGUGAAUAUUCAGGAUGCCGAAAAUUUUCACUCCCACAAACCAAAUCCGGCUCACAAAUGUGGCCGUGGUCCGGAUCAAGAAGGGUGGCAAGCGGUUCGAAAUCGCCUGCUACAAGAACAAGGUGGUUUCGUGGCGAACCGGAGCGGAGAAGGACCUGGACGAAGUGCUGCAAACCGGAUCGGUGUUCACGAACGUCUCAAAGGGUGAGGUGGCCAAGAAGGAAGAUCUGAUGAAGGCAUUUGGCAAGGACGACGUCACCGAGAUAUGCAAAGAGAUUCUGGCCAAAGGUGAGCUGCAGAUUUCCGAGAAGGAACGACACGACCAGCUGGAAUCGAUGUUCAAGGAAAUCGCCACGAACGUGGCCGAUCGGUGCGUCAAUCCGGAGACGAAGCGACCCUAUCCGGUGUCGAUUAUCGAAAAAUCAAUGAAGGACAUCCACUACUCGAUCAAACCGAAUCGCAACGCCAAGCAGCAAGCGCUGGAAGUGAUCAAACUGCUGCAGGAGACAAUCCCGUUGGAGAGGGCCAAGAUGCGGCUGAAGGUGACCCUGCCGGGGAAGGAUGCGAAGCGUUUGAAGGAAAAGGUCACCAAGUUGUGUUCGCCGGUGGAAGGCGAGGACUGGGAAGGGGACAAGCUGGUGUUGACGUGCUUGAUCAAUCCGGGACACUUCCGGGAGAUGGACGAGAUUGUCAGGACGGAUACUAAGGGAGCCGGGGUGUUGGAAGUGCUGAACUUGAAGGAGAUCAAAGAAGGAGAAGAGGUUUUGGAGUAGAUGUUUUAACUUAUGUUUGUACUGAUUUAAGGAAUUGAU